ACACACACACAUUCACUCAACACACGCUCACCCUCCUCCAGCCAAACCCGCCAUGGCCGCCUCCACCAUGUCUGUUUGCUCUGAUGCUCGCACCAACUCCUCCUGGCAGGUGGAUGACUGCCCAGAGAGCUGCUGUGAGCCCUGCUGCUGUGCCCCCAGCUGCUGCCAGCCCAGCUGCUGCCAGCCCAGCUGCUGCCAGCCCAGCUGCUGCCAGCCCAGCUGCUGUGCCCCAGCCCCCUGCCUGACCCUCAUCUGCACCCCAGUGAGCUGUGUGUCCAGCCCCUGCUGCCAAUCUUCCUGCUGCACACCCUCAUGCUGCCAGCAGUCUAGCUGCCAGCCAGCUUGCUGCACCUGCUCCCCCUGCCAGCCAUCCUGCUGUGUACCUGUUUGUUGCACACCUGUCUGCUGCACACCUGUCUGCUGCACACCUGUCUGCUGUAAGCCUGUGUGCUGCACACCCAUCUGCUCUGGCUCCUCCUCCUCCUGCUGCCAGCCCUCCUGCUGUGCUCCUGUGUGCUGCAAGCCCUGCUCCAGCCUGUCCCUGCUGUGUCGCCCUGUGUGCAGACCUGCCUGCUGUGUGCCCACCUCCUCCUGCUGUGCCUCCUCCUGCCAGCCCAACUGCUGCCGCCCAGCCUCCUGUGUAUCCCUGCUGUGCCGCCCUGCCUGCUCCAAACAGGCCUGCUGUGGCCAGAAGUCCAGCUGCUGAGGGACUGUCCCAUGCUUUAGAAUUCCCCAGGUGCAGGUCUGAUACCCUCAGAGUCAGGCAAGCGGGCCUGUUCCCACAACUGGGUUCAGCCUCAUACCCAUGUUUCCCUGCUCAGCUCCGAGUUUCCCACACUCCUUUUUGUCAGGUCUGAUGGUGGCUACUAUCCUGUGAUCAGCUGACAAGCUGUGAGUCCUGCAAACCUUCUGAGGCCUCACCAGAAUAUCUGGCCACCCAUGGGAAAAGGCUUCACGUGGUAUGAGUUACUUCCUCUGGGACCCUGUCCUUAAGCUGCAUCCAAUGUUGCCUUUCCACUGGCUAUUUGGUUCUCCUCUCUGUGUGUGACCAGCUCUUCUGAAGUAGUCCCUACCCAACAGACUUCAGGGAGACACUUUCUGGGCUACUAGACAGUUGCCACAGUUAGGCCGGCCAGGCUCUGCUGAGGCCUGACACCCUGCUCUGUGUUCCUGUCCCCCUGUGCAGACCUCAGAGCUAAGUUGACCUUGGGUCUCCUCCUCUGUGACUUCCCUCAUCCACUCAGCACCCUUCCCUGUCCUCACCGCCCUCUACUCAGUAUCUUGUGAAAUAAAACGAGAUUCUCA